AGAAAUUGACUUGUGCGAAUCAAUUUUCAUUCAAAAUGCACCCAAACAAAAUUUUUACACUAUUAAUCAUAAUUAUCAAUAAUCAAUUAUCGCUCCAAUUAAAUAAAUGCUGCGAGUAUGAAAUAGAUCAAUUUAAAAAUGAAACUUUUAUGUGUAACGAAGUUAAAAAGAGUGCUAGACUUCGAAUUAAUGUACUUUUUGAAGAAAACGUCAACAAAACAGAGUGCGUUGAUAUUUUUGAUAACAGAGUGGUGAUUUUCGAGAGGAAUAAUGAGUCAUUUGUGAAAAUAGAAGACGUUGAGGCUUUAACAAAGUGCUGCCCUGGCGAUUAUUUCUAUAACGCAACAAGAAAAUCCUGCGAAAAAUUAUCGACACAAAAACAAAAUACAUUCAACGACAAAUUAAUAAAAAUCGGUUUACCGCUCUGUCAAAUAAUCUCCGAUUUAACUUUGGAAAAUUUAACAGAAAUAACUUUCAAUUCCUCCUCAUUAUACCUGCCGAAAAGCGACGAUUUUUUUACGGAAAAUCAGUUUUGUCUGGACGAAACUGUCGACGGAAAAUAUGUAGUCAGGUUGUGCAGAGAUUGGAGAGUUUGCGAGGAUAUGAAAUGCAUAAAAAAAUGUUGUGCUGACGGUAAAAGCUUUGUAAACGGAUCAAAUUGCCAGGAUACGUUCGUGCACGGUUUGGAAUUUAAUGGUUUCGAAAGUUUUAUCGGUGAUAUAAAGGGUGAUUUCGCCGUAGUACAUGGAAAUCCAGGCCAAGGAAAAGUUUACAUGGAACCGCAUAUAUCAUCGUUCUUUCUUGACGAAAUUGGGAUGUUUCACAAUACGAAAACAAAUGAAAUCCACCCUCAUCCUUCACAACCUUACUGCAUCGAACAUGCAUCGAAAGAAGGAAUUAUUAACAAACACGCCUAUUUUGGAUUUUUCAUUAAUGAGAGUCCCCCGUUAGAAACGAAAUUCCUUUGGAAUCGAACCGCGAUGAUCAUUUCCAGCGGUUUCUUGAUUUUUACUAUAUUUUUUUAUAUAAUUUCUGGUGAAACGAAAAAAAUAUUUGGGAAAGCGUUGGUGUGCUUUUGUUGUUCUCUUUUGGCGCUGUAUAUUCUAUUAGUUUAUCAUACAUUCCACACCAAUUUGCAUUUGAGCAAAACCAAGGGGCUGUGUAAGACUUUAGGUUUUACGAUUAUAUGUCUUGGUUUCAGCAGCUUCAUGUGGCUCCAAAUAAUGUGUUACGAUAUUAAUUCUACUUUUGGAAAGACAUGCCGAUAUUUGGACAAAAAUGAAAAACAGAGAAGAGAUUUAAAAAAGUUUUUCUUCUAUAGUUUAUAUGGAUGGGGAGUUCCCCUUUUAUAUACGAUAUUAAUGACGAUAUUCCACCUGACAGAUUCUCUACCACACACAAUUCGUAUUCGUUUGGGAAAAACGAAAUGUGGCAUGGAAAAAGGAAACUAUUCUGAGAUUCUUUUUAGAGCAGUGCCUUUGACUGUGGUUCAAUUUGUAAACUCCAUAUAUUUUUUUAAGACGAUAACAUACAUCUUACAAGUAAAAAAAGAAAUUAAACAAAUGGUGGAAACUCCGAUUACUUUGAAAAAGAAACGAAAAUUCUUUGCGAGAAGAGAAAGGUUUGGACUGAUCGUUAAGUUAUCGUUAACGAUGGGUGUUUUUUAUCUAUUUGAAGUGAUAUCUUCGUUUUUUGACUUCAGCGAGCAUAAAGCUACAGCUAUUUUGGAAAUAAUAUGGGAUUUUAUAAACUGUUUACAAGGUCUUUUUAUAUUCCUUAUUUUCGUGUGCAAAAGAAAAAAUUACGACAAGCUGAAGAAAUCGAACGCAAUGGAGAGAAUUCGCAAAAUUUCUCUAACAACUUCGGUGAAAACCACGUUGACUACAUUACCUUCUGCAAAUGUGAACAUUUCUUAAUUAAAUAUUAUAUAUUAUAUUGAAAAAUGUGUUUAAUUUAUUUUUUCAACUGAACAUGAAUUUCGUGCUAAUAAAAUUAUAUAG